AGCGUUCAGGAUCUUCUUUCCGUCAAUUCAGAAGCGGACAUGUACCAACCCCUGGUGAGGCGUGGAGCUUACCAACCCCUCCUCUGCCUGCUGCCUGACAGUGGCUGCCCUCUUUCCCAUGGCGACGCAGAAUAGUGUCGCCAAGUUGGCUCACCCACGAGUUUCUGCGGAGACCGCGUUUUUCUUUUUCUUUGGAACCUACAGCUCAUUCCAUUCACUUCUACGACUUGUUUGUACACAGGGGUUGUCAACAAGACGCGGCGAGCCAUCCUCCAGAACCUCCGAGGAGUCCUCGCCCAUCCUGCUCUUAUGCGCGUUACAGUAGAAACGCGACUCUGUUCCUCCCGCGGUUCACCCUACUAGUGAACAUCCCAAUACCGCCCAUCCCGAGAGGCAGUCUGCUCCCGCCAGCACUACUCCUACAACUACGUGAGCAUUCCCAGCCUGAUCGCCGGCAGGUCUGGAUGCAAACGCGAGAAGUACAUAAUACUACGCGGAAAAGGCAAGGAGCCCGAGACGUUUUAUAUAGAUCUACUAAUCGCGUCACAAAAAUGUGGAUCUCACCUAUAUUGUAGGUAUAGUUCUUCUUAUAGCAAGGCUACUCCGUAGCAGACGUACCUAUGCCGUAUCUACUGUAUAGCUACUCCGUAUUUCUGGCCCUGGUAUUUUGGGACGCGCAAGGGCAGAUAUCUGGGGGAGAUAUAUUGAGCUGAUCUCAGAUCAGCUCUGAGAAGGCUUCUAAGGAUUCUUGGGCACACUCUGUGUGAGAGACAGGAGCUGUUCAACAGGGUUGUUUUGUGGCUGCGGGUCUUCUAACGUGCCGGCCGCUACCAUCAUGGCACGCAGGCGGAGAAACCACACUGGGGAUACUACCGGCACUCCCACCCCUGCUGCCAGCACUAGUCAUCUGGCGCCAAGGCGUCGCCAUCCUGCUGCUACUACUACCACUGCUGGGGACAUUACUACUGCUGCACACGGCACGGCUCUCAACACGAGUGGCAACGCGGCUUCUAACAUCUCUGGUGACUCUUCUAGCACGGCGAAUCCACCGCCCCGGGCUACGCUUGCGGCGGUGGGGGGUUCGGCGGUGGGGGGUUCUGCGGUGGGGGGCUCGGCGGUGGGGCCGGUUUCAGAGCCGGUGCCGGUGCCGCUUACCAGCAGCUUGUUCCCGCAGAGGGCGGCGGUGCACAGAGAUCAGCUGAGGCGCGUGCCACAGGAGGUGAUGCCCGAUGAUGGGCACUGCUGGCUCAAGUACGGGGAGAAACGACUCGUGAAAUCCAACUGCCACAGGUCCUACUUCCGCUGUGCUCGCUCCACGUGCAUCGUCCACCCUGCCAGCGACGCAUGCAACCAGGAAGACACGGGCGCAUCAGCAGCAGGAUCAUCAGCCACAGCACUGGCUUCGACUUCCGAGUCGUCUGAUCAGCCUCCUGCUCCUGCUGCUCCUGUGGCUCUGGAUACCCCUAACGUCGUCCAGAACUGUGCGGCUCGCAAGCGCGUUGACUGGCAGCUAAUUCCUUGCACCCCUGCCGCCCUGCCGUCUCACUUGUCGCCCGGCGCUAACCUUGAAGCGCAGCACCAGGCGGGCGGCACACCCCCUGAGUCCAUCCUGUGCUUCCGAGUGACAUACCUCAACAAGCACAACCACACUGGCCUGCCCAUCGGCCUGCGCCUUGCGCUCUCUGCAGCACAAGAUGCAGCACAGACCGAACGCGCAAUCCACUAUAUUCGGAAACGACCUGCAGUCGGUGCAACAGGCGCAGGCGCAGCCACAGCAUUUGUUGCAGCAGCAUUUGAAGCUCUUGGCGCAGCAACAGCAGCAGCAGCAGCAGCAGCAGCAGCAGCAGCAGCAGCAGCAGCAGCAGCAGCAGCAGCAGCAGCAGCAGCAGCAGCAGCAGCAGCAGCAGCAGCAGCAGCAGCAGCAGCAGCAGCAGCAGCAGCAGCAGCAGCAGCAGCAGCAGCAGCAGCAGCAGCAGCAGCAGCAGCAGCAGCAGCAGCAGCAGCAGCAGCAGCAGCAGCAGCAGCAGCAGCAGCAGCAGCAGCAGCAGCAGCAGCAGCAGCAGCAGCAGCAGCAGCAGCAGCAGCAGCAGCAGCAGCAGCAGCAGCAGCAGCAGCAGCAGCAGCAGCAGCAUCUGCCGCAGCUGCCAUCCUCCUCAGAAUCUCAGCUGCAGAUGCAGCAGCCAGAGGAGUGCAGAGCGGUCUUUCAUCCAAUUCCGCCCCGGGCUGUCUGACCCAGCACCCGCUCUCAUCGCCCUCCCUGGGCAAGCGGUCAAGAGAAGACGACUCCCUGCUCUCUGACCCGUGCAUUCCCUCGCAUGCCUUGCGGUCGCCUCUCGCCCAUCGCACGUCGCACGACUUUGAUGCCUCCCAGGCAUAUCCAACGUCCCAUGGCUUUCAAACCCCCCGUGCGUUUCAUGCACCUCAUGCCUCUGGCUGCCUCGGGCCUCCUAAGCCCGGUAAGAUGGGUCUCUCGCCUCCCGCUGACCACUGUUCCCCAUGGACCAACCCGUGGAACCAGCAAGGUUGGAAGGAUGCUGGACAGUGCACUGUGGUGCAGCAGCAGCAGCAGCAGCAGCAGCAGCAGCAGCAGCAGCAGUGGUAUAAUCAUCACCAUCAGCUUAGUUUUGGGGCGCCUCAAAACCAGCAGCUGUAUAAUCAACACCAUCAGCAAGUGCAGGAGUCUCAGUUGUGCGUUAAUCACGAGCAGGCGCAUCAACAAACCCAGCAGGACCAUCCAUAUCAGCAGCAGCAGCCACUCGACCUGCACUCUUUGCUCGCCCACUCGGCUGUUUCCGCGCCUGCUUCUGCUCCUGCUGUAAUUUCUGCACAGACCCUAGGCACGAACGCCAUUGCUGGAGGAGGUGCGACUGGUGCAGGAAUAGCUGGAGCAGAUGCCACUGGUGGUGCUGCCAUUGCUGCUGGUGCCAUGGGUCCUGCUGGUGCCAUGGGCGCUGCUGCGGCUCCCAGGGUUUCACCAUCCCCAUCAUGCGCCCUCCCGGGAGGAGACUCCCACUCUCUGCUGCUCAGCAUGUUCCAAGCCAACGUCUCUCGUGCCGAAUUCUCUUCAACCCCACGCAGCCAUGGCAGCAGCAUGAGCAGCGGCAGCAGCUGCAGCAACAACGGUGGUACCAACAGGAGCAGUGAGAGGAACGACAAUGGCCAUGGUGGGACUAGGGUUAUGGCUAUGCAUUUUGAGACAUCUAAAAACAAUGCUGGGACCAACUGGAACAGCGAGAGGGGCCACAACGGCGGGGGUAUGCCUAUUACUAUGGCUGGUGGCAGCUGGAGUGAUACCUGGGGCAAUGUGAUGACUGGUGGCAAUGUGAUGCCUGGUGGCAAUGUGAUGACUGGUGGCAAUGUGAUGACUGGUGGCAAUUUGAUGACUGGUGGUAAUGUGAUGACUGGUGGCAAUGUGAUGACUGGUGGCAAUGUGAUGAAUGGUGGCAAUGUGAUGACUGGUGGCAAUGUGAUGACUGGUGGCAAUGUGAUGACUGGUGGCAAUGUGAUGACUGGAGGCAAUGUGAUUACUGGUGACAAUGUGAUGACUGGUGGCAGUGUGAUGACUGGUGGCAAUGUGAUGACUGGUGGCAAUGUGAUGACUGGUGGCAAUGUGAUGACUGGUGGCAAUGUGAUGACUGGUGGCAAUGUGAUGACUGGUGGCAAUGUGAUGACUGGUGGCAAUGUGAUGACUGGUGGCAAUGUGAUGACUGGUGGCAAUGUGAUGACUGGUGGCAAUGUGAUGACUGGUGGCAAUGUGAUGACUGGUGGCAAUGUGAUGACUGGUGGCAAUGCGAUGACUGGGGGCAGUGGUGGCACGAACAUCAGCAGGAGCAGCAGCACCACCAAUGUGGGUCGGGCUGUGGAACUUGCCCCGCUACCAAUGCGAAUUUCUGUGGCAGAAACUGCCGCACAGGUUUUUCAGGCGCCUCAGAAUUCCCAGUGGGUGCGUUUUACUGUGGUAGAUUGCCCGGUGACAGAAACUGUCCCGCAGACUGCCACACACGCAAUUACAAGCUCGGCUGCGACCAACCUGGUCGCCAAAUGCCAUGAUUAUGAGUCAGCACCACCUCAGCUGCAGGGGCAGCUGGAGGAUCUGGUGCCACGUCAGCUGCUGCUCGGUUCAGAGCCGCACACACACGCUGUGGCACAAACUCAGGCUCAAACCCAGACUCACACCCUUUCUUUUUUGUCCCCUCCUCUGGCACCAACCCCGACCAACACUCUGUUUCAAGCAGCAGCGCCUCCGUGUUCCUCACCACUUGCUGGGCCGCAGCCAUGCGGCUGCUGGCCAUCGCAAGGGGAGGAGCAGCAGCAGCAGCCGGCGGUGGUACUUCAGAUGAGGUUUGAUGCACCUCAUCAACACUUGCAAGGAGAGCGCUGGCAGCAACAGCAGCAGCAGCAGCAGCAGCAGCAGCAGCAGCAGCAGCAGCAGCAGCAGCAGCAGCAGCAGCAGCAGCAGCAGCAGCAGCAGCAGCAGCAGCAGCAGCAGCAGCAGCAGCAGCAGCAGCAGCAGCAGCAGCAGCAGCAGCAACAGCAGAAACAGCAACAGCAGCAACAGCAACAGCAGCAGAUGGCACCUCAAAUCAGGCCUGAAGCUCGGGUGCAAGGGCAGAUGCUACCACAGCCCCACUUACCUCCUUUCACCCUGCCUUUCACCACUAGCGUUCGUCCAUGCCGCAGUUUGUCCCCUAGUGCGCAUCUCUGCCCCGCCACUGCCCAUCCCCCUCUGAUCCACGAUCACACGCCAUACGCAAACAGUACUCCUCCCUUCAACGAGCAUUUCCACCUCCCCCAGGUGCCACCUGCAGAAUUUAUUUCUAAGACGCCUCAAAAAUCAAAUAGUGCUCCUCCCCUCAGCCAGCAGUUCCACCUCCCCCAGGUGCCACCUGUAGAAUCCCAUCAGGCAGGGCUAGGUACGCAGUCAUACGCUUCAAAGUCGCAGGAGAAUCCAGGUCUGCAGCUUGUGAUGCCAGGUCAUCAGUGGGAGGCUAGCUAUCCCACCAUUGGACUAACCAACAGCUUUGUGACUGAUAAUGCCGCUUGUGAAUCUGCUGCUGGCGAUUAUGGUAUCCAAAACCAUGCGAGGCUUAACACUGUGGCACUCAAUCCUGGGAUGUGGACUGUGGCUGCGGCGCAAAAACCUGCAGAGAAAUUCGCAAGGACCGAAAGCGCGAGGCACGAAGGGGCUGGAGGUGGGGAGGAUGAGUUGCUGAUGGAGGCGGCAGCAUGCCUGGUGCAGCAGGGAGGACUGGAGACACUGGACUGGCUGCCAGACUGGCAGGCAGAUGCCUAAGAGACACUCAUGUGAAAAGAGGUGCCUACACACAUUGGCUGUACGCAUUCGGCUGCAUGACGUGGAAUUAGGUUGCUAUGAAAUGUGCAUGCGAUAAAUUUACAGGAUAGUGGCCAGGUGGAAAUAUGACCUGUUUUGUAUU